UUAUUAACUACAUGCCACAUAAGCAAACUUAUCUUGAAAAACGUUAUGUUACUAGAUAAAUUACUCCCACUAUGACUAGCCUAAAUCCCACGCGGCAGCCACAUUCAUUCCAAGUUCCAACCAUUCCAGCUCCAACCAUCUCUUCCAGCUCCACCACGCGGUAACAGAGCGAACCCAUCGGGAGAUCCGAAGCAACGACGAGCUCCAUCACACAACUCGAUCGAUCUCGUGUUCUCUUGAUCUCUUGGCUACAUCCAUGGCCACGGGAGGAGGAGUGGUGCUCAACCUGCGCGUGCCGUCGGCAUCAGCGGCGCCGGCGCGGCGGUGUGGGACGGCGUCGUCUUCGUCGGUGAGAUGCGGGAGCGCGCGCGGGGCGGCGCCGGCGAGGCCGGCGGGAGGGGGGCUGGAGGAGGACCACUACCGGACGCUGAGGCUGGCGCCGGGGGCCACCAGGGGCGAGGUCAAGAGGGCCUUCCAUCGCCACGCGCUGCAGUACCACCCGGACGUCGUGCGGCGAGACAGCUGCGACAACGCCCAAGAAAAUAGCAUCGACUUCGAGCGGAUCAACGCGGCGUACCAGAGGGUGAUGAGCAACAUGCGGGAGGCGGAGGUGAGGCUCGAGUACUGGCGCCGCCGCUACGGCCUCGCCGACGAGGACCUCGACCGCUACCGCCGCUACCUCAAGGACGACGACGAGGAUGACUGGUUCUCCGACUUCGGAAAUCUUCUUCCUUGCCGUGCCGUGACAGAGGCGUUGGCAAUCAUCACACUGUAAAUUCGCACGACGUGUGUGGCUGCGUAUUUCUCUCCUGUUUUAUCGUGGGGGAAGUAGUAGAUGCAGAUAUUUUAGGGUUCUAGCAAAUUGUACUCGAUUGGAACAUUUUGUUUCCAUUCUAAAUACUCUCACCGUCUCUGUUAGAUACAUCCGUAUCUAGACAAAUCUAAAAUAAAAAAUUUAAGACGGAGGGAGUAUAAGGGAAAAGCAUCGGAGGAAUUGAUCCAAAUUGUGGCUCAGGGACGCCUCUUAUCCUUGGAUUUCCAUGGAAGGA